CAUGCUUAUCAAAAUCACGAAAGAUUGGCUUUUUUGGCUACACAAACAAAAAGGGACACGAACCGUUUUGUUUUAUUAUGGGUUGAUGUAUAGAGAACUAGUCUCUAUGAUUACAUUACAGUAGUAUAAAUAAGUCCAUCGAAAACCUUAUUAUACUACAGUGAGUAUAUAAACAAAGGGUAAUUUUUACCGACCAUCCUGAUUCUGACGAUGACAUCGUCUCUCUCUCUGAUGGCGAAGCACGAAGGCAGAACUUUUCAGAUCGAUAUCACCAUGGCAGAAGGGUAUCCAUUUGAGACUCCAAAGAUGCAAUUUUCAACCAAAGUUUGUAGUAGUCAAAGCGGGGCAAUAUGCUUGGAUGUGUUCAAAGACCAAUGUUACUCUGAAGACAGCUCUUGUUUCAAUCCAGGCAUUACUCUCUGCACCUGAGCCCAAAGAUCCUCAAGAUGUUGCUACAGCUGAACAGAGAAGUCUAUCAAACGAAGAUACAAGCUUUAAACCCGUGGAUUUGUUGAUUCAUAGGUUGAAGAAUUUGGAGUUGAUGUCAAAACAUGGUCCAUAAGCUUUGGAGACAGAACAACCAUCGGUUAGAAGUAUUCUUGUCCAGUUCAAGCUUGCAAGUAAGUACACCUGUGCUUUGUCCAUCAUGCUGCAAAGUAGUCAGAUACAUUUUUUUUUCUUUGUUAUAUCAUUAAUAGCUGAUUUUUGUUAGAUUUAUAGAUUUAGAGCAUAAAACUAUUAUCAUCACAAAAUAUAUUUUUGAAGUGUUCCUUUCAGAAAUUUCAAUAUUCAGUGGUGUAGUUGUUGUGUAAACUUAAUUGCAAUUAUGACAGUGGGCACUGGCCACUGGGCAAUAUGUAUUUAUUACGAUGCACGUAAGUAAUAUAGAGGACGUUAACCAAAUCUCUUCGUCGUCUUCUUCUUCUUCUUCUUCUUUCACAAAUCAAAUCAAACACAUUUUAAAACCAUUUCCUCUUCGCCGCCGGAGAAAUUUUCUGUUAAAGUUCUCUUUCUCCGGUAAAGAAAAAAAUGUCUCCUGCGAUAAAGGCACCUCUUUUACCAAACCAAGAGCCUUCUUCAUCAUUAUCAUCAUCAUCGGAGAGCCAUGGCUCCUUCGCUGGAGCUGUGUUUAACAUCUCAACGAGCAUCGUCGGAGCUGGGAUUAUGUCGAUUCCGGCUGCGUUUAAAGUUCUGGGUGUUAUCCCAUCUAUCUCGAUAAUUUUGAUCAUAGCUUGGCUCUCCAAUGUAUCAGCUGGGUUUCUGAUGAAAUCGACGCUCGUCGGAGAGUCAACGACUUACGCCGGCGUGAUGAAGGAUUCGUUUGGGAAACCUGGUGCAGUUGCUGCUACGAUUGUUUCAAUGGUUGUCACUUUUGGGUCUAUGAUUACUUUCUCGAUUAUCAUUGGUGAUGUUCUAUCGGGUAAUGAAAAGGAUGGGAUUGUACAUUUGGGUCUUCUUCAAGAAUGGUUCGGUUCUCAUUGGUGGAAUACAAGGUUCUUUGGUUUGUUGUUCAUCUUUGUCUUCCUCUUCUUUCCUUUAGUCUUAUGCAGACGCGUAGAGAGAUUAGCAUUUAGUUCUGCCAUUUCGUUUCUGCUUGCUCUACUCUUUGUUGUCAUAAGCUCGGUGUUAGCGAUCAUCGCAAUCGUCCAAGGGAAAACAAAGACUCCUAGACUCUUUCCAGAACUCAAAGAUGGUGGAUUAUCGUUUUUCAGUCUCUUUACUGCUUGCCCUGUUAUUGUUAUUGCACUCACUUUUCAUUUCAAUGUCCAUCCAGUCGGAUUUGAACUGAAAGAUCCAUUAGAUGUGCUGUCAGCAACAAGGGUCUCUGUGAUUCUGUGCGCUACAAUCUACUCAGCUACUGGUCUUUUCUGUUACCUUCUGUUUGGGGAUUCCACCAUGACAGAUGUUCUAAUAAACUUUGAUCAAAGCACCAAUUCUUCCAUUGGUUCAUUACUAAACGACAUUGUUAGAGUCAUUUACGCCAUUCACCUCAUGCUUGUGUUUCCUCUAUUCAACUUCUCUUUAAGAGCCAACCUUGACGAACUCUUGUUCCCUAUGAAGCUUUCUUUAGUGGAAGACAACAAAAGAUUCUUCGGACUCACGUUUCCAUUACUGAUAUCUUGUUUCUUGGGUGCCAUUGCUAUACCAGACAUUUGGUACCUUUUUCAGUUCCUAGGAUCAACUUUUACAGUCUCUAUAGCUUUCAUCUUUCCAGCUGCCAUUGUCUUAAGGAAUGUGAAUGGUUUUUCGGCUUUAAGAGACAAGAUUGUAGCUUCAGUAAUGCUUGUUCUUGCUGUUGCCACAAGUAUCAUCGCCAUUUCGACAAAUAUAUACACUUUCACAGCAAAAGAAGAGAUAUGAAAAGCUUUCAGGAGUCCUUUUUCUUCAUGAUUUUGUUAAAUGGUGGGGUUGUGUUACAUUUAUUCAUCUCUAUGUAUAAUAGGUUUGUAAGAAGUGUAUUUUGAUAGCAACUUCAGGAAAAAUGUCUGUAUUUGGAAAAAUAAUAAAUCAAUGAGACAAAAUAUUUCUUCAAUAUUAUUCCACAGCUCA